UCCGGUGUAAAAAAAGUCAGGCAUGGACGCGUCAAUCGAGUUUGAAGAAAAAUUAAGGGAGUCUGCAUGCACUGGUGAUAUCGAAUCUAUCAGAAAACUAUUAGAGAUACAAAAUGUCAACGUCAAUGCCCAAAAUCGGAUGAAUGGAUGGACUGCACUACAUUGGGCAGCUAAGCGUAAUCAACGGACAAUAGUCUCCUAUCUCCUCACCAAGGGAGCUAACCCCAACUUACCCAACAAAGAAGGGGAAUAUCCAGCUAACCUUUCCACUGACGCUGAUGUUAGAGAAAUGCUUGGAGCAAGUGAUACGACAGAUGUAAAGCAGUCCAAAUUGCCAAUCACCCCAGGAUACUUGGCUAACCCACCAUUCCCUUACACACAGCCUGGUUAUGGAGGUGGUGGUACAUCUGCCAGUCCUGCAUCUACCACUACAUCCGAGUCUGCUUCAAGAAAACUUCAACCUUAUAUUUUGGAUGAAAAUGAAAUUGUGCUGAAGAUAAGGCUGGCAAAUUCAGAUGAGCGAGACUUUCUUGAAGUGGAACUUGAUAGGUCAAGUCUGUGUUUUGAAUCUCUACUGAAUCUCAUGUGCCGAGAACUUGCUGUUGAUCGUCGUUCAGUAAAUAAAGUCAGGAAACUUCCUGACACAAUUGUAAGAAAGGACAAAGAUGUUCGCCGCUUGAGGGAUUUCCAGGAGCUUGAGUUGGUUUUAACAAACAGAGCAAUAAGCAGUUCAUCUCGUAACUACAGUGGCCUUCAGGGUACAGGAUUGAACAAUGGAGUACGCAACGAACAAAUAUUGUAUUGAUUAAAUUAUUUAAUGAUCAAUGAUAAGCAUUUGCUCGGUAUUAAGUUGAAAGUGUUUCUAAACAGUUUCACAAAUGAGGUGAUCAAGAAACAAUCCAGCAUCAAAUUCUGAAAGCAGUUUCAUCACAGUAUGUUUUUUACCCAGAUUGGGUAAGAUGUCCUGUACUUAUCAUAAGAUUAAUAAAAUAUCUUUUUUUCCUGCUCAUGUUCAGUCAUUUAAGAGUUUAUAUCAAAAUAUCUAAAUAGCUGGAAUGGAUGAGAUUUUAGAUAUGUCAAACUGAUUCAUUGUACAUGUGUGCAUUGUAACCCGACAGAGGCCAGACAAAAAAUGUAUGUGUUUCCUGUAACAUGUUGGAAAAAUUUAGGGUAGGUAAGGACGCAUUUGAUUUUUAAAAUAAUUUUGUGGUUUACAAAGGAGUGAGGUCUGGACUUUAACAGUGCUUCUUGGAAAAUUACCUAAAAAAGUUCAGGGUGGGCAAAAUAAAUUAGGGAAGGUAUGGUUACCGUAAACACCAAAUAUUUUUUGUUUGGCCUGAGCGGAUGUGAUAUAAUUCUACAAGUAUCUCAUGCUAUCAUUGUAUUUAUUUUCAUAGAUUGGGGCAAAAGACCGGUGUAGAUAGAAAAAAUAAUGUAGAGGUAUAUAAUUAUGCACAAUUAAUUAUUUUUUGUGAGUCAAGAUAUGUACCUGCUAGAUUGGGAAGUAUGUUGUUUUUAUUGAAUAAAGAGUAGUUACA